AUGGCGAUGACCUUAGGGAACCGCAGAACCACUGGUCUGCGGACGUACUCGAAGCGCGACAACGCCAAUACAGAGGCUCCUUCGAGUAAGAAGAGACGCGUUGAAGAUAUAUCCACGGCCGAAAAUCUUGUUCCAGCGCCCGAAAAUCUGUCUCCCGCAACAAAGAUCCCACGAUCAAGUAUUAAAAGCUAUUUCACACCCCGACCUAGGUCCCCAAGUCCGCGUCCGGUGCUGUGUACCUCACUAUCAUCAGACGGCCUCGAACCUCAUGAAGCCCUGACCCCUCCUUCCUCGCCGCCUGCUAUAGAGGUAUCGCAUAUUUCUCAUCCAAAGCAGGCACAAAAGAGACUGCGCCGCCGUCUUACGACAAGGCACAGCCUCCCACUAGAACUGGACAUGUCGUCCCGGAAGAUGUUAUACUUCGAAGGCGAAUUGGAUGACAUUGGCCUAACGGGCGCCAGUGAAAAAAAACUUCAACAGGUUGGAUCACGUCCCGUUGGAUCUACACAAUCGCAAUCUGCCAACCACGGACAAAACCACCCAAGCAACAAUGGUGUGAUUCCCAACCAACCUCUUCCGAUCAUCGAUUGUGGAGGAUCUGGUUCCACCACAACUAAUACUACAGGCGCCCAUGAUGUCAGGAGUGCUGAUGAUAAUGGGGAUGCUUGGCCCUAUAAAACCAAAGGCCCCUAUGAACAUUGGCGAUCGAGCACUCCGCCACCUCUUACCAAACCCCCGAGGGAGCUUCUUUCCGACAAAACCUGGGCCCCUUACCCUCCUGAUGUCGAUCCCGCUCUACCCAGUGCCGCAAUUGAUAUUCCCCCGCGCUCGAGAAGGAAGCCAUACGGCAUGACAUACACGCAAACACAGAUUGACCUUGGGCUUUCUAACACCAUCCAUUGCGACAAAUGUGAGAUGCCGUACAAUCCUUCUAUUACAGAGGACACCCUCGCACACCGGGAAUACUGCAAACUGCGUGCUAUGCCCGAACUGCAAAAGAAGGAGGUGAGAGAGGGAAACUUCGUAUGGAAGGAUAUCAUCGAGGGAGCCCACCAUCGGAUCCGCGUUAUCACUACCUAUUCCCAUCCCGAACAGCGAGCUAUUGCGGAGGUCAUCAUCAAGCGUACCUACGAGGACCUCCCAGGUCUCCAAUACAACUCCGAUGACCUUUGGUUCCAGAUCCAGAAUCCCCUCGAUCCGGAGGAUGAAAACCAAGUUCCAAGAUUCAAACUAUACACAUAUUAUAUUGAUUCGAAAGUUGUUGGAGUACUAUUGGUGGAAAGAUACACAAUGGACCAUGAACCUAGGGCAAGAGGAUCGGUAGCACAACAAGCCGGCAACGAGGGCCCCUCUAAACACCUUGUUUUCGACAGGCUUUGGGUGUUGACGACAGCAAGAAGGAAGGGUUAUGCACGCCGGUUAGCUGAUACGGCACGGAGUGAUUUUAUUCGGGGCUUGCAUGUCAAGAAGCACCAAGUGCUGAUGUCAGAACCUACCAGCAAGGGCAGUCUCUGGGCAGCUCGCUACUUUGCCGCUUAG